UCACACGACUGCCCCGCAUCACUCCUGAGCUCGCAGUGGCCAAGCCGCCCGACAACAAAGCCAAACAAACCUCUGUCGCAGUCGCAGCGCCCCAGAGCAACCACCGCGCCGCGAGCGAUGGAGAAGAGCGCCGGCAAUGGGGUGGCGACGUCUGUCCCGGCCUCGUGGAACUUCGAGCCCAACGAGACCCUGCUGGGCCUGACGGCGCUCUCGGUGCGCGGCGUGCUGGGCAGGGUCAAGGCCGGGAUGGUAGAGGCCGACGGCGGCGGGCGGCCGGUGGUCCCGAUGGGCCACGGCGACCCGUCGGCGUUCCCGUGCUUCCGGACGGCGCCGGAGGCCGUGGACGCCGUCGCCGGCGCGCUCCAGUCCGGGGAGUACAACUCCUACUCCACUUGCGUCGGCCUUGAGCCCGCACGGAGGUCCAUUGCUCAGUUCUUAUCCUGUGAUUUGCCAUAUACAUUGUCACCUGAUGAUGUCUACCUCACAAGUGGCUGUGCUCAAGCAAUUGAGAUAAUCUGCUCUGUGUUAGCUCGUCCUGGUGCCAACAUCUUGGUUUCAAGGCCUGGCUACUUAUUCUAUGAGGCACGCGCUGUUUUCAAUGGCAUGGAAGCACGAUACUUCGAUCUUCUACCUGAGAAAGACUGGGAGGUUGACAUUGAAGGCAUCCAAGCUCUUGCUGACAAGAACACUGUUGCCAUGGUCAUUGUCAACCCAGGAAACCCCUGUGGCAAUGUGUACUCCUAUGAGCACCUGGCCAAGGUUGCUGAGACCGCGCGGAAGCUUGGCAUAUUUGUCAUAGCAGAUGAGGUUUAUGCACACUUGACAUUUGGAGAGAGGAAGUUUGUGCCGAUGGGUGUGUUUGGUUCUGUGGCUCCAGUGCUCACACUGGGUUCCAUAUCAAAGAAAUGGGUAGUGCCUGGAUGGCGGCUUGGAUGGAUAGUUACCAAUGAUCCGAAUGGUGUAUUUCAGAUGACUAAGGUAGUGGGCAGCAUCAAGAGCUACCUUGAUAUCUCCGCUGAUCCUCCAACAUUUGUCCAGGGAGCAAUUCCAAACCUUCUGGAGAACACAAAGGAGGAAUUCUUCCAAAAAACCAUCAAAAUUCUAAAAGAAAGUGCAGAUAUAUGCUGGGAAAAGUUGAAGGACAUCAACGCAAUCACAUGCCCAAGCAAACCAGAGGGAUCCAUGUUUGUAAUGGUGAAACUGGAUGUAUCUUGCCUGUCGGACAUCAAAGAUGACAUGGACUUCUGCUGCCGGCUGGCAAAGGAAGAAUUAGUGGUUGUUCUGCCAGGAUGUGCUGUGGGAUACAAGGAUUGGCUUCGGAUCACCUUUGCAAUUGAUCCAUCUUCUCUCGAAGAUGGGCUUGACAGGCUCAAGUCCUUCUGUUUGCGGUACAAGAAGCUGACAAAGUGACAAGAUAAACUCACCGCUUCUGUGGGACGACACCAGAAAAACUGUUAUAAACUUGUACACAGAUAUAUGAUGUUGUAUCAUCUUCACUCGAAGAUGAUAUGUUUGAUCCUCCAGGUCUGUAGUAAUAAGCAAUGGGCUCUGCUUGUCUGUCAUCUACCCAUCUACUGUGAGUAGGCACAACACGAAUUUUAGGGGAUCUGAAGUGUACAAGACUCCACCUCUUGCAUGAUUCCAUCACGUUUGGUCUAUUAACUUUCGAAGUGAAACCAAUGCUUCCCUUGUACUCCCAUCGUUCUAAAUUAUAAGUCGACCUGUUGAGUUAUCCUA